UCGACAUUCGGCAUACAACAUUUAACGAAUCCAACCACCACCAAUCUUCCUCCAUACUCUGCCAUGUACAUGGACCGAGACCUACAAUACUGACUGCCAGUACGGUGGACCUAUGUUUUGUGUAUGCAGUCUCUUGUCACCCCUACUACUACAUGUGAUGCGAACAACUGCCACCUCACUCGGUCUCCUCCCCUACACAGACACACUGAUGUCUCUUUGAUCACCUUUCCUAGGCCGCAAUCACUGCAUCUUCGACAACUCAAACAUGGCAGACCCAUUUGAAGUGCGGUUGCGCUUCACCAACCUCCUAACACACCUAUCGGCAUCGACCACAGCAUCGCAAAAAGCCGCACAUUAUGCCAUGAAACACCGCGACAUGGACGAGGACUUGCACAGUUGCAUCCUGGAGAACCUAGAACGCGGCCAUAACAUGAACAACCGAGCAAACAUCAUGUAUUUCCUUGAACACCACGCCGAUGUCAAUUUGAAAGAAGGUGGACAUAAAGACUACGUGGAUAUGGUGCGCAGAGAUAUCACUCGGAUCGUCGAGGCGGUCGCACAAAGUGGUGCCAAUGUCAAGGUCGUCCGGCGCGUGGUAUCUGGUAUGGGCGAGAAAGGUGUCUUGGAGUCCGACGUUGUUACGGGCAUUGAAAACACUUUGAAGACCAAGGAGGAGGCGAUGGGAAGGUUACUCGAGGACGGAGACGGCAAGGGAAUGGAAACAGGUGACGCCAUGGACGAAGCAGAAAGUUCUACUGCGCUUCAGACGUCUGCUGCGAUUGUCGCGGCUGAUGGUGCCCCCGAGAGUAAUAGAGUUACUCCAAAGACGGUGGGUUCCCAUAGUGUGAGGCAAGCCAGUAGCGUGUCCAAGGUGGACAAGCGAGCGAUCGAGCAAAGAAUCGAGGAAGAUCGCGAACGCAAUAAACGACUACGUGAGAGUAUGUGGGCUGUCGUCGGUGACGAUGAUCAAGAGUUGGAAAAAAUGUGGGACGAGGGAAGCACACUGGGACAAGACGAACAUGUUAUCGCUGAGGAAGAGGCUGAAGAGCGAGAGCAAUUUGUGCGCUACCGUCGGGCUCUCUUGUCUCGGUGAUCAGUGGCAUGACAGCAAUUUUGAUUCACCAUUUGUCUAAGCCAAAACGAGGCGCAUAGCCCCCGGUUUCUCCGACCUCGUCGUCAAUGUCAUGGCAAUCCUCCUGACUAUCAAACCCUCAUCAUGACACAUGGCGGGCAAAGUCUGCGCCACCCACACAGAUCUGCUCAGAUUUUUGGGUUUCGUUUGAAGGCCCAUGGCCGUGACUAUUGUCAAGCCUUUUGCCUCUUGGACGACUCGCUUGCGCCAUCAGAAGCUUCAUCAUCCGAGUCGAUAAUCUUCCUCUUCCUCACAGGGGCCGAUGAGGACGAGCCAUUACCGUGUCGAUCACCUUCUUUUUCUCGUCUCAAGGCAUACUUGAGAAUGAGACCUUCGUACUCGUCCUCUUGUGCUCGAGCACUGUCUUCAAUCUGAGGGUAUCGAUCUUCCAGCGGUAUCUGUUGCAAAAGAUCUUUGUUCUUCUUCAUGAUCCGUUGCUUCAGGAGUAACCGCCACCAGUAAUAACUCCGAUCAUGCUCAUUCGACGCUCUUGGGCCAUUAAUCCUCAGACUGGUCAAUGACGCUCCUCCCGUGGCACGAUGAGACAAGGGAAUUUGUGCAAGCAAAAACAUUUCCACCAUGCGCGCAAAUUGUCGACUGGCAAUCUUGUUUUUGGCUCGGAUCUCCUGCAGCUUGGUCAAGGGCAGGAGUGAUCCAGUGGGCACACGCUUGACACGUCCUCUUUCCGCAUUGGACAGCGGUGUCGAUUUGAUCUUGAUGUCUGCAUCUCGGAAUUGCGACUCCAAGACAUCAAAAUCGUUCAUGUCCCGAAGCUUGUCAAACUCCUCACUAGGGUCUUCUACCGUCAAUUCGAAAAUCGUGGGAUCGGCCAUAACCUCGGAGUAGAUGGCUUGAUAUAGAGCGGAGCCGUGACCCGAGCUUUGAUAUGGGGGUGUGAUGAGGAAUUGCGAGAUUCGGAGACGGGAUGUCAAUUUGUUGGGAGUGAUCUUUUGUGCGUUGGGGGAGACAAAGUCUUCGGCUUGAGACUUGAUCGGCUGAAAUUUGUAGAAGCGAUAUGUGGUUGCGUAGCCGACAAAUGAAUAUGGCGAGGUUUUGGGAUUGGGAGGCUGAGAUUUUUGGUAGAC